CGUCAGUUCGGUCGUCGCACGCGAGCGCGUUGCCAAGUCCAUGGGCGGCGAGUCCCCGAGGAUGUUCACCAAUAGAUUCCCAGACCCCUUGCGCCGGUUCCGCAACAUAUGCUGUAAGGGCCACGGGGGCACGCAGCAAGGCGGUGCGAACUUCUGGACCAGACCGAGGGCCGACAGCCUGAAUACCGGAUGCUUCACCCUGAGGAACAAGCAGCUGAAGGAGUCGCCGAUUCAGCAAGCCAAGCCGGAGUGGGUGCGCUGCGCGGUGCCAGCGCAGCUGAACGAGCCGGGGGGCACCGCCUUCGUAUGCCAUUGGAGGUGCGUGAGCAAGAGGUGCGGCCGCAGGUGGGCGGAGAAGUGCGCCGACGCAUGGGGCUGCCGCUUCGUCGCUAUCCCGUCGCGCUCCAUUUUCGCGAAGUGCGGCGUGGAGCUUGCCGGCGACAAGGAGGUGAAUCAGAUCGAGCAGUCCCAGGAGUGCAGCCUGGGGGGCCAGGCGGAGACAGUCUACCUCGGCCACGGGGCCCAGGGGCAGGAAGGCGCCCUGGCGGUUCUGAGGCGCAACGCAAUGCGGUUAACUAAGGUGGACUGGUUGUGGGAGAGGGACCUCGGCGCGUUCAUG